GGUUUUGGGGAAAGCAGUACGAUAAGCAGGAACUCAAACCUGUUUCUUUCUGAAAAGCUGCCAGCAGCAGGUCCAGUUUGCAUAAGACUUGCCUGCAAUGAGGUGCUUUGCUGGCAGGUGUGUGCCUAGCUCAUGGAAAUGCAGCGUGCUUCGAGGACAGCUCAGAAGGAUGUACAGGUGACCUGCAAUAAAGACAGGGGACAGGACUGGCAGGAACCAUGCUCUUCUGCCUGAGGGUGCUGCCAUUACCAAAGCUGACAGCUGAAGGACGGUGCAGGGGUUAACCACACCAAGGGAUGUUGCCGUGUGUGAUGCUGUAAUUCUUCCUCUUGCAGAAAAUAAUUAAUGGGCUUCUCAGGAACGAAAAGGAAAAAAAUGUGAAUGUAGAAAACUCUCAAUUCACUCUAUAAUAGUUUAGGGGGAUUGGUUUUGUUAUUUUGCUGGGGUUUUUAAAGAUACUGGGUAUAGAAAGUCUAGAAAUAAUAUAUUUGAGAUAUUCUGGACUAACACGUGAAGAAAAUGAAGGUGGGGAAAAAAAGCUUUUUUUUUUGUAUGCCAUCUACCAUGUAGUAUGCAGAAAACACAGAAUCAUCAACGUUGGAAGAGACCUUCAAGAUCAAGUCCAACCACUGACCUAGCACUAUCAUAAUCACCCCUAAAUCAUAUCUCAAAGAAAUUAUUUAUUCAACCUUAGACACUUGACAUGUUUUUGAGAGCAUAUAAACCACUAAACUGCUUAUUCUGAAUUUAUCUGAAAAGACAAAGAGAAAAAAAUUGGUCUACAACGUGGGCUUGCAAUGUAGACAAUGUUUUCAACUUAAAGGUUUCACAAGAUGUACUAAUUUUAUCACUCUGGCAGGAAACUGAGGCUUUCACAUUUAAUGAAGCAUUUCUUUGAAGUCACGCUAAGUGACGAUGUUGCACAUCUGCACGGGGCAGACCAUUUCAACUUCCUCUUCUGAGUCCCUGACAGGAGCACCAAGAGAGAUACAUAUUUACCAGAACUUCAUCAAGUGAAGAUGGAAAAAAGGUGGCUCUUCUGUCUCUUUUGUUUCCUCUGGGUGCCCAGCGUCACAGGCCAGUCUAGAGAUGUCAUUACCCAAACAGAAGUGGUCCAUGCUCUGCCUGGUACUGAUGUGACCCUGGUGUGCCUCUUCCCAAAAUCACACACCACCCACAUAAUACAGACACAGUGGUCCAAGACUGAAGACAGCCAUUCUGCCAAAAUAGCUGUUUAUCAUCCCACUUAUGGCACUCAUUACUUCAAAUUUUCUGAGGCUUCUUACAAUUUUUCGGUGUCCUUCAGCACAAGGAAGUGCUGCAGCCAGGAUGUCACAGAAUCUUUGUGUUCCACCAAUCCAAACACCACGUCUGAAUGCAACCAGUGGGCUCUGCAUCUGAAAAACGUUACCGUCACCCUUAGUGGGCAGUACAAGUGCAGUUUCGCUACUUACCCAUAUGGGACAAAGGCUGCAAAAAUUCAACUUAUUGUCAAGGCAGAAGAGGAGCAGCACUACCUGAAGAAAGUGUGGUUAAACCAGACUUUAGAAAUUCCAUGCCUUGAGGACACGACCUCAGAAAAUUUGUCCACUUAUCCUUUGAAAUGGCUAGUGGGUGACAAUGGCAGGAAAGAGGAACUUGUGACCAAGGAGCCCUCCUGUCCCGCUGUGUACAGGAACAGCAGCGCAGUGUAUGGGCAAAGAGUCCGCCUGGCUUUGAACAACACUUUACAGAUUUUCCCCACCAAAAUCACUGAUGAUGGCAGGGUCUUUUCCUGCCACGUGGUGUUUCACCCAGAGAGAGUCCGGAAGAGCAGCACCACUGUGAGAGUAUACGCUUACCCUGAGAUCUCUGUUAGCCUGCAGGAGGGCUCAGCUGGCACCUCGCAGAAGCCCAGCCUGAGCUGUGUUGUGAGGAAGGCGUUUCCCAAGCCAAGCCUUGUGUGGUACGUGGACAGAGCAAACUUGUUGGAGCAGCCUGGAGAAAUUCCUGUUGUACAAGAAGAUUUGCAAGACAGUGAAGGUUUCUAUCAGAUGAGAUCAACACUGAUGCUGCAAGGGACCCAAGAGACACAUAAGACAUUCUCAUGUGCAUGUCUGUUUCCUUCCCUCGGGAGUGAAAUAUGGAAUAUUUCAUCGGAAGAAAUAUUUGUUUCAUUGGACAAUAAGUCUAAUGAAGCUUCACCUGAAGCUUUUCCCACCAUGGUUUCAGAAGACCUUGGUAAUUCAACACUUACAUCAGCUGUCAUGACUGCCUCAGAGCCCCAGUCGACAUCUUUGGCCUCUCUGGAUUUCACAAGUCAAGCAAACUUGGCUCCUGCUUCCAUAACACAAGCAGGAGCACUGGCUUUUAAUGCAGAGACAAAAAGCUACACCAGCGCCGCAGCAUUAAGUGAGAGUCUGACAGCAGCACGUAAUCUGUCCUACAGUGUCACAGACCAGACAAUUUCAGCUACGGGAGGGAAAGAUUUCUUUACUACCAGCAGCCUGCUCAACAGUACUGGUGACGAGAGGAACACAAACACCAGUCACUUCCCCUGGCCAGCAGUGGUGGCCGUCCUGCUCCUCUUCUGCAGUUCUCUAAUAGCUGUGGGCGUCAGGAAAUGGUGUCAGUACCAGAAAGAGAUUAUGAACAGACCUCCAUCUUUCAAGCCACCACCACCUCCAAUGAAGUAUACCUCCAUGGUGGACUCUGAUGGGACUCCCCCUUCCUGCCACGAACUAGAAAACCUGUAACAUUGCCUACACCCCUUGUGUAGCUCGCAGAAGACCGACAGUUAAAAGGCUCUGUCUUUAGAACACUGACUACAGGAGUUGGGUCUUAAUGACCCACAUUAAAAUUCAGAGUGCCUACAUGACAUUACCGUUGGAAGCUGAGCAUUCCUUAGGACACUUCAUCCUGUCAAUCUCUAUGUACGCAUUACGUUAACACCACUGUGAGUGCCACCAUGAGAUUACACGUGCUUAAUUUGAAUUAGGUGAUCAACUGGGAAUUUGCUGUCUUUUUAAUGGGAGCGGAUUAACACAUCACUCCUCCAGCCUGACUGAAGAGUGUUGAAGCUUCUCUUUUGCUGAGUGUCCAGAGAUGACAGCUCUGCCGUAUGGACACCACGGGUACAGUGGCUUAACACAAGCUUUUUGAUACGUACGCGAGUCGUUCUUACAAUUGUUUUUUUUAACUGUGGACUAACAUGACCAACUUAGUAUUUUCUAUCACUGUGAAACCAACCAAAAAAUAAUCAGCACCUUAUGCAGAAAGAAAAUAUCUGCAUCUCUCGGCACAGGGUUGCACACAGUGGAUCACGUGGAAGGGUUGGUGAGAUGAAAGGUCUUGGUGCAGGCCUGGUGCAAGUGUCUGUGAAGAAGACUCAGUUGUCACUGGUGAAGUCACAAAAAACAGUCAACUUUGGGCUCAUGCACAAGCCACCUUUGGGCCAGAGACUUAAGGACUGAAGUGAAUAAGGAGCCUAAAGAUAAUGGAAAAUUCUAGUCUCUUUAGAAGUGCUGUGCCUUUGAAACAGUGCUUACACUUGAGUCUGCUUUUGUGGAAUUAUAUUUUUGAUAUUCAUCAAGGAAAAAAAAAAGGAAUAUAAUAAUUUUCUUCUCCUUUGGUCUUAAUGAGUUUCUGUCAUUUGCUAUCUUUCAAAACCUCAGGGGAAGUUUCCCAGGUGACUUAAGCCUGUGAAAGAGGUGAUCCAGUCUUACCCCUGUCCUGCCCAGGCUACAUAUUUCCUUGCAUUGACACUAAUGGAUAAAUGAUGGUGCAGAGGGUGGGAUUGGCUCAGCUCCUGCUGUACAGUUCUCAGACAGGUCAGCAGCUGUGUGAUCACUAAUGCAAGGCACCAGAUCUGCAGCAGGAGCACUGCUUUUGGCAGCAGUGUGGUCCUACAUUACCUUCAGGCAGCCAAGAAAAAGGCCCUCUAAGCUUGUUUGAAAAUGUAUUGCUACCACAAUGGUAUUUCUGUAAUUAAUGCAAAUCAGCUACAAUUCAAUCAUGUCAGGCUCAAAAUUGAUAUUCUGAUUUAGGAAUGGGAUUGCUUUAUUUACUGCUAAACGCUGGUCGAUGAGUGUCAGGGUUCAGAGCACUGUAUUUCCCGGGAAUUUAGAUUAAAUUAAUUACUUACUGGAAAGAA